AAUUCCAAAGGGAAAAGCUGCAAUCUUUGUACAUUACCGAAAACAAAACCCCAAAAAUACCUAAAAACCCUUCCCCGAAGAAAUCAAAAUGGCCAGCAAGGUUGUUAUUCUUGUUCUCCUCCUUGUCACCGUUGUUGGGAUGGUCUCCGCAGCCGCACCUGCACAGGCAACCGGAGCGGCUGCUGGUGGAAACGAUGAUGCCAUUGGAAACACUGAUGAUUCUGCUGCAGCCCCUGGGAGCGACGGUAUUGAUGCUGUUGCAGCACCAAUUGGCAGCGCCGAGGAUGCUAAAGCUCAUGCUGGUGCCCCCGCACAUGCUCCCAGUGGCAGCGGUGCGAGCGCCCUUGGGGUCUCUGCCGCUGCUGGAGCUGCUGCCAUUGCUGGAUACUUUGUUCUCUAAGCUGGCUGCAUGCAUGCAUGCAACAAUGGUUGCCAUGGCGCAGCCUUGAAUUUUUUUUUUUAAAAAGAAUUAUUGAAUUCAUUCUGUUAGGCACAAUAAUUCUGAACUGAAUAAUGAGAGAAUAAAAGGAGUUGCAACUCUAAGAUCUCGGUUUUUUCCUACUUUUAUGUUGUUGAAAAUGAUAUACUUCUUCCAAUGCCAUACAAUAUCACACGUGACCCCAAAUAAAGAAUUAAUCAUAUAAUAAUACAUCAUAACUUACAUACCAUGUAAGAUUAUAAAUGUUAUAUGUUGCUGGCAAUAAAGAUGAACUAGUCACCAAACUUGACACGGUAGUGAAAGAUAAUCCCCACUUCAAAAUUUCGUGAAAAAUAAGCCCUGUACCCGUCGAGUAUGGCAAAUAAAAACGGUAUCAAACACAUACCCAGUCACAUAAAAAGGGUAUCAGACACAUACCCAGUCUUCCCCUAGUGGCAGAACCAUAUACGUUAACAUUGUAACACAAAACAAGAUCAUCACAAGAAAACAGAUCUGUAAAUUAAAACAAUAAAAAGAAAAGCAUAUG